CCUUUAUAAAGGGACAAUUCCUACAACCACAUGAAAACAAAUUGACAAAAUGGGGCAGGUUAUGAACAGGUUUAAAAGAGGAGGAGAAGAUGCUGACAAGAAGCAAAUCCCCAAAGGCCUUGCUGAUUUUUUAGAGAAAGAAGAUUUUAAAAAAUUCGAGGAUGAACAGGAAAUAAAGGCUUUUGAAGAUUUCUACCAUCAGUUGUAUAUGGUUAUUGAAAAACUGAAUGAGAAAGGUGGAGCGAUGCAAUUCAAAUUACCUGAAAAAACAGAACUCGAAAAGAAGUUCCGGAGUCAUUGGAAAACAGGGACACUAGGCAAGGAAGAGUUCAAGAAAAUUAUGGAAGAACUGAUCCAACUUGAGAGCUUCACCAUUGGGUCGGGAGCACGCGAAGGAAUCGCGUUCCUGUUUGGGAUUCCCAUCGUCGCCCUCUUUGCUAGGCGACUAGUCCCCGGCUUCCAAUCUAUCUCGGAAGAUGUCGUAAUUCCUGUCGCCACUGCCGGCACCGCCGUCAUUCUUACCAAGAUUGGUAGGCUGUAGGUGCCAAUGAUUGGACCAGUUACUCUUUAAAUAAUCACAGCACUGCUUGUUCUACGAUGUGUUCGAAUUCCUGGAAAGCUAAUAAGAGCAGUGUAUAGUUGGCCAUCAUUUUCAUCACCAUUCCAGCUUUGUAAUGCUACACUAUGCAAGCUCAAGAUAUUCUAUCCAACGACUCCAAACACAUCUCCCCUCUAUCUAUGUAUGGUGCAAUUUAUGAGCUUCAUGCAUUCAUACUGAAGCAUCAAUCUGAACAUGAUAUUUAAUCAUUUCA